UCAUGAGUUGGGGAUAGCCAGAAUAAACACCCUAGCAAGAAUAAUCUUGGGGUAAUACAGAAUCAACAUGGGGCAAUAAUGGUGAUUAAUAAUAAUAGGAUAAUAAACCUGCUUGGGGAGGAGAUUCAAAUAAUGGUUAGGAGAAUAAAGAAUUUAGAGGAAGAGGUGGAAGAGGAGGAAGAGGUGGUAGAGGUGAUAGAGGAGGAAGAGGAAGAGGAGGUGAUAGAGGAGGACGAGGAGGUAGAGGUAGAGGAAGAGGCAACAAUGAAAACAAAGAAGAAGGAGAGAUUAAACCUUAAAAUGAAGGUGGAGGAUGGGGAUAGUAGACAUAAGAAGGAUGGGGUUAAAAUUAGUAAGAGAAUAAAGGACCUACAGAAGGGUCAUCAUAAUGGGGUAAUGAUGGUAAUAAUGGUGGAGGAGGAGUUGCUACUGAGAAUGCUGGAGGAUGGGGAUAAUAGAAUAAUGAAACUCAAGGCUGGGGUGGAAAUUAAGAGAAUAAUAAUUAAGAUGGUUAAGAGGAAUAAUAGAAAGGAAAAGGGAAAGGAAGGAAAAGAGAUUCACCUCCUCCUGCUAAAAGAGUUAGACCUAAUCCAAUAGUAAUAACAGUAGAAGAUGAAGAGGAUAGUGAAACAUAGAAUAUUAUAAUAAAUGAAUAUCCAGUGUUGUAAAAUAAAUAGAAGGGAUUUAUUAAAAGUGAAGAAUAGUAAAUAUGUUUUGAAGGUAAUAUUAAGAUAGACGAAAAUAAUAUGAAUACAUAAUUCAUUAGUUUUGAUACAGAAAUAAAAGUUAAAAUUGAUUAAAUUGAAGAUUACACAAUAGAGAAUUCAAAGGAUUUAUUAAAAACUAUUGGAGAUUAAAUUAUAGUAGGAAUAGUUUAAGGUGUUGACAAAGAUAAUUAAAAAGCUAUAAAUAAAAUAGCAGACAAUCUUUUGGAUAAGCAACAAUCAAUUCAUUUCAAAGAUGUCAGUUUGUUUAGUAUUAAAUAAUUGUAUAAGGGAGAAAGUACUUCAAGAUUGGCUUUCGUUAAGUAGAUAUAAAUUUGAUU